UCGCUGGACUCCGCCCUCAGCCAAUCCGAGCGCUCCCAAAAUCCCCCAAACGGCGCCGCCCGGCUGGUUUUGGGGUGUCAGCAGCUGUCCGGCGCUGGGCAUGGAGCGUGUGCGGGGAGCUGGGGCCGUGCUGGCGGUGCUGGUGGUGCUGGGAGCCCCCCCGGCUGCGGGCGAGGAGCUGUCGGGGGUGUUCCAGAUGAUGAGAAAGUUCGAGUGUCACUUCAUCAACGGCACCGAGCGGGUGACGUAUGUGAGGAAGAACAUCUACAACCGGGAGCAGUACGUGCACUUCGACAGCGAUGUGGGGGUGUUUGUGGGUGACACCCCGUUUGGGGAGAAGGUUGCCAGGAAAUGGAACAGCGACCCAGAAUUUGUGGAGCGCGCACGGACUGCGGUGGACUGGCUCUGCCGGCACAACUACAAGGUGUACACUCGGCCUGCCGUGGAGAGGAGAGUGCCCCCCAACGUGUCCAUCUCGCUGGUGCCGUCGAGCUCCCAGCCCGGCC